UGUUGCACAGCAGCUAGAGUGGCCCAAACAGUACACUGCCAAGGGUCACGAUCAUAUCAUGCAUCCUGCCUUAUGGAGACAUUGUGGAGCCUUCACUGCCUAUAUGUGGAUCGACAUGACUGUCAUGAGUACGCUAGUGUCAAGCCUGACCACAAGGGAAAGAGCAGGAUAGACUUGAGAUCUUAUCUACAGGUGUCUAAAUAAAGUUUUUCACCUUCAGAGUGUCCACCAUAUUGCACUAUGGAGUAUUGUUCCGCCCGGCCUACCAGAACAGCACUUUGUACCUUGAGAGAACCUGAGGGUGUCAUGUGUGAUGCAAAGUGCCGUGUUACCUACUGUCACACCUGUUACUAUGACGAUGAGUAUCGCCCCCUGAUAAGUAGCUGCAAAACGUGCUCUGGUAUUGAGAAUGAGUUCAACAAGGCCAAGUGUUUCAGAAUGUGGGCGGUGUGUACGAGACGAGCUGAUGGGGAGGCCUAUCCCAAGGUACGUGCUCGGGAAAGGACCAGUGAAAAGUUCAAGUGUUACGAGCAACCCUGUGCCUGAAAUGACACCAAUAAUUAUUAUGUAAAUACGUAUGGUCAUAGUUACUAGAUCUAUAGUGUGUAUACCAUGAGAACAGUCUAUAUUUAUUGCCUUUUGUAGCCCAACUAAAAUUAGCUAUAUAACUGUCUUAAGUUUAUAUUAUUAAUUAUGCGCAACAACUUGU